GCCCAAUCCGAGCUCAAUUCCGUUCACACCCAUAAGGAUCCCGCCUUUCCUUCUUCCAAUCGCGAGGUCAGAGGUUGGAUGAAAUUUGGAUUCUGUAUUUAAUUUUUUAUUUUUGCUCAAGUUGGGGGAAGGAAGGAUGGGAGCAGUGUGCGCAGGAGGAACUCAGAGGAAUAGGUCGGAGGUUCAUGAAGAGAGGAACUCAGUGGGCUCUAAGAAGCUCAAAUCUAUGAAGAGUUUCCUGAAAGAGGACAGCAAUGUUGAAUCUGCUGAAUAUCUACUGGAUGAGGGCACGACCGGGAGUGCCCGUGAUUAUAAUGACCAUCUCCAUGAUUCUGGUGAAUUCCCCCUGUCCAUCUCUAGAGAGUUGAAGCCUUCAACUCCUGCCAGGAUCAGAACUAGUACCAAGGCACCUCACGUUGGUUCUUUUCUUGGUAAGGCUAGCACAGUUGGCCUAGAUAUGGCAGUCGAGGUUCUAGAUACAUUAGGCAGCAGCAUGACAAAUUUGAACACCAUUGGAUUUAUUUCUAGGACGGGAUCAAGAGGGAACAGAAUAUCUAUACUUGCAUUUGAAGUCGCAAACACAAUCACUAAAGGUGCAAAUUUAUUGCAUUCAUUAUCCGAAGAAAGUGUCCAGUAUUUAAAGCGCGAAAUUCUACAUUCAAAAGGUGUGCAAGAGCUGGUUUCUACAGAUUCCAAUGAGCUUCUUGCUAUAGCUGCUGCUGACAAAAGGGAGGAAUUUGAAGUUUUCUCUCGUGAAGUAGUGAGGUUUGGAAAUCUGUGUAAAGAUCCACAGUGGCAUAACCUUGAUCGGUUCUUUUCAAAGUUGGAUUCUGAACCUCUAUCGGGUGUAAGUCACAAAAAACUCAGAGAGGAAGUUAAUACGACUAUGCAAGAACUUUGCACUCUUGCUCAGCAUACUUCUGAAUUGUAUCAUGAGUUGCAUGCCAUGGACCGGUUUGAACAAGAUUACAGAAGGAAAAUUGAGGAAUUAGAGUCUUUAAGUCUUCCUAAGAAAGGAGAGAGUGUAAUGAUGUUGCACAGUGAUGUUAAACAUCAAAGUAAAAUCGUGAGGGGAUUAAAAAAGAAAUCUCUUUGGUCCAAAAAUUUAGAAGAGGUUGUGGGUAAACUUGUUGAUACCGUAACCUUCAUUCAUCAAGAGAUCUUGGAAGCAUUUGUAAAUGAUGCACUAAAGCAUGUGGGGAAGGAGCCUCCGGUGAAACCAGAAAGGUUAGGUGCUGCUGGUCUUGCUUUGCAUUAUGCUAACUUAAUCACUCAAAUAGAUAACAUUGCUUCACGCCCCACCUCUCUUCCACCGAACACAAGGGAUACGCUGUACAAUGGGUUGCCACCUGUUGUAAAGACAGAACUCCGUUCUCGGUUACAGGCACUUGAUACGAAGGAGGAAGAGCUAACAGUUCAGCAAAUCAAGGCUGAAAUGGAGAAGACUCUCCAGUGGCUUGUUCCACUAGCUGUUGAUACUUCAAAAGUGCAUCAAGGUUUUGGAUGGGUUGGAGAGUGGGCCACCGGAAGCGAAUUUGGGAGGAAGACAACAAUUCAGAACAACCUGAUCCGCUUGCAGACACUCUACCACGCAGACAAGAAGAAAAUGGACACUUUUAUCCUUGAAAUUGUGACUUGGCUCCACCGCCUUAUUGGGCUGGUAAGAUACAAGGGCCCAAGGAUCCCUCCGGGAAGAUCAGCGGCUUGCAGAGGGCCUCCUUGUCUUUCUAAUUCGCACGCUGCAGAAAUAUUGAGCCCCAAUGACCAGAAAAAGAACAAUGGUCAGCUUUCUGUAGAAGACAAGGCAUUGUUGGAAGAAGCCAUGAAAAGGAGAAAUAUUGUUUCUGGAAUGAGCAAAAGCCAAGAGUUUGUCAUUUCCAACAAGGGGAGACAGAUUUGGGCGCUUAGUCGGAGCACUGGUAGCUCUCCACGUACCGUGCCAGAAUGUCCCACGGCUAAUUUGUUGGACAUUCUAGACGGUUUAGGCUCAAAGUUUUGAGCCCUUGAUCAGGUGCAUAUAUAAUCAAACACACUUUAUAUUAUUAGAGUAUUAUUCUUUCUCUUCAAAUUGCUUUCACUUGUGUGUGUAUCCCUUAUGCUGAGGGCAUGUGGAUAUACCUUGGUGUCCUUUUCAUUUUGAAGUGUUGUAUUUACGUAGGAAGGCUUAUAGUUUAGAAUUGAAAUGAUGUUUUGAAAAACGGUGGGGUUCUAGUGACACCCACCUUUGGUGACACUAGCGGUGUCACUGUCAUUUUGAGGUACUUCCGGUGCUCCGUUCGUAAAAUUGACGGUUCCUACCACCCUUAACACACCGCCU